UAAAUUACAUAGGUCUGCCGAGAAGACAUAUAAAAAUAUCUAGAAAUGAUUCCUUUUCGAUUUUUCUCUGUAUUUUUUAUUGCAACACUCUAUGUGGACUUAUAUGAAGCCGGGAUUCUUCCUCGAUGUCCUACAAAAGUGUGUCUAGCGAGUAAAGUUAAUUAUCGUAAAGAAUUCAGUGAAAGAAUCACCUUCAUACGAACUCCAGAGGGAAAACGACUUCACUUUAAACCUGGGCUCUUUAGCUUUGGAUGCAAUGUUCUCGACAUGUACAAGGCUUGUGUACCCGGUGGCUUAGACCCAUGUAUCCCAGAGAAGUUGCAAAAAAGGGUGAAGGAAUUUGUUGAAGCAUUUGACAGGAUUGUAUGCACCAAGGAUUAUAGGCUAGACAAGUUGAUUGCCUGCAUGAAUAAUGACAAAGUGCAGAAAAUGUUUUUUGAAGACCUGGUGAUAGAUGGCAUUACUUUGAUGGGCAAACUGAAAAGAAACGAUUCAGACGUAUGCAGUGAAAUGAAGUCAGAUGUUAUUGCCACCGUUAGGAAUCUGUCGGCUUAUUGUGACAACGACGGUCUGCGAGCUCUUUUGCAGCUCAUGGCCGAGCUUGGAAAAGAGCUACAAGAUGUUUUUCAAAUGUAUCAAGAUAUUUCGGAGUAUAAAGAAAUUUGCUAUGACGAAUUUCUGGAAGUGACGUCAUCCGCCCAGAAUUUCCUUACAGGGGGAGCUCCAGUCGUUGACUCCUCACCAGUCGUCAGAUCAAUAUUCGGCUUGUAAUUCCUGUACAUCAUAUUUCCAUUUAAGAAUUGAAUAAAAAAUAUUAUUGGAAA